GCGUCUGAUAACUGUCAACAGUUUCACUGACCUUUCCUGGCUCCAUAUUUGUAAAAAAAAAACAACAACUGCGUUUUAACGGCGUUGGAGGUACGUUAGCUCUUCACAGCUAGCCACCGCUCCACACACAAUCGUGAGUGACUUCAAACUCGCCAACAUACGCUCCUAGUGAUUUAUUCAUCUUUCCAGUCCAACCUGGAACCUGGAUUUACCGUAAUAAUACAGAACAUGUGCAUUUACUCAGAAGAUGCAGUCGGGAAUGCCGAGUUAUCUCGCUGUUUGUGGUUGUCUGUGUGUGUCUUAACACCGUAAUUAACUUUUUAUGGUCGUCUUUGAUUUGUGCAUAUUGUACCUUUAUGUUUUUAUAUGUUAGUGAGAAUGUACAUACUGAAAGUGCAGGAUGGGAUUGUGACCAUUGAGAAUGAGCUAACAAGCUUUGUCUAUGAUAUUUUAAGAAUAUUUUAACCACUUUCUCUCACCAUUAGACAGCUUUUUUCAUUCUUGAAACUCUCUUGCUCUCCUGCACCAACGCCCAUAGAGAAAACCAUCAAUUUUAUGUCACAGCACACAGUUGUUGAUUGUUGGUGACACAAUCUGUCAAGUUAUCUUCUCGUCCUGUGCAGACUCUGCACUUGUAAGACUGGUUUUAUGAAUGCAAAUGAUGCAACAGGAGACCAUCAACUCCUGUGUCCCCGCCAACUAAAAACGCUGAUUUUUUUUCAUGGACUUUGGUGCAGGAGAGCGAGUGGUUUAAAAACGUUCAGUUCCCAGCCCGAAAAGGCAGUUUCAAACAUGGCCACUCCGAGCAAGACACCACCUGGAGCAGACCCCAAACAGCUGGAGCGGACUGGGACGGUCCGGGAGAUUGGCUCCCAGGCGGUGUGGUCCCUGUCUUCCUGUAAACCCGGCUUUGGAGUGGAUCAGCUGAGGGACGACAACCUGGAGACCUACUGGCAGUCUGAUGGAUCUCAGCCUCACCUGGUCAACAUACAAUUCAGGAGGAGGACGACUGUGAAGAUGUUGUGUAUUUAUGCGGACUAUAAAUCCGAUGAGAGCUACACACCCAGUAAGAUCUCUGUCAGAGUGGGCAACAACUUCCAUAACCUGCAGGAAGUCAGGCAGCUGGAGAUGGUGGAGCCCAGCGGCUGGAUCCACAUCUCUUUGAUCAACCAGCGGACCAACGAGCCAAUCAGCACCUUCAUGAUCCAGAUCGCCGUGUUGGCGAACCAUCAGAAUGGCAGAGACACUCACAUGCGGCAGAUCAAAGUCUACACGCCGGUAGAGGAGAGCUCCAUCGGAAAGUUCCCACGAUGCACCACGGUCGACUUCAUGAUGUACCGUACCAUCAGGUGACCUGGACUGUCCCGUGACCUGCUGCAUCGGGGUGGUUUUUUAAAACGUCCAGAGAAGAGAAAAUAAAUGGCGGACUGUUACGCUUACGAUCGAUCACAUGAUCAAGUUUUGUCAAAUGUCUUUAUUAUUAAAGAACGCGUUUCAUAUUUUUAUAUUGAAUAUCUACUUCCUGUCA